AUGAGCAAUUCGACGUUCCAUAAGCUCCUCGAACUCCUCACCCCUUCAUUUACAUCCUGCCUCCCCCCGUCCGUACUUCCUGACGUGGCCCUCGCCGCCGCACUCUGCCGCCUCGCCCACGGUACGCCCUACGCCACCGUGGCCCGAUGGUUCGGCCUCGAUUCCCCGGAAGCCGCACGCCUCGCGUUCUUCGUCGUCGGCCAAGCCGUCUGCGAGAACAUGUCGAUGUUCGUCGAGUUCUGGAAGGAAGCAGAGCGGACUCAGAUGGGAUUCCUUGUUGGAGCUGAAGUUCAAACCAGGUUCAGGAAGAAGAUUGGCGCCAAGCAGAUUUGA